UGUUGUGAGUCGGACUCGGUGGAAACGGGAGAAGAAACCGGGAAGCGGCGGCCAGGAUGGGGGAGGCGCUGCAGCAUCGCUUUAAUGGGCGGCCCCGACCCCCCAGCCCGGAGAGAUCACCGCACGGCCGCCGGGCCCGGCCGCUCUCAUUCGGCCUCUGAGAGCCGCACUCGCUGUUCCUGAGGCUGCGCUCGCCCCCCGCUCAGUUUCUCCAUUGAAUCCUGUUUCUCUCCUUGUUUUUCCCAACUCAGAUUCACCGCCUCAUUUUCUUUUCUUCCUCUGAGCCCCUGAACUCCACCUGACAGGGUCAUGUUGGAGAGCGGGCAUUGACUGUCCUGGGAAACAACAGCAAGAGGAGCUCAAGAGGAGGGGCAAAGGGAGCAGCGAGUUCAGUCACCAAUCCGGGGGGGGAUUGAGGACUGGACCCUGAGUCAGUCAGUCAGACAUAACUGCUGGAGUACAUCAGGGAUAAACUGUGUACGAGGUUUGGUCUGACCUUCCAACAUGGACAGUCAUGAGGACACCGGCACCUUGGAGAAACCAUGGAAAUGUGGGGACUGUGGGAAGGGAUUUGGUUCCCCGUCAAAGCUGGAAAUUCAUCAACGCAGCCACACUGGGGAGAGGCCGUUCACCUGCUCAGUAUGUGGGAAGGGAUUCACUAAUUCAUCCAACCUUUUGAGACACCAGCACAUUCACACUGAGCAGAGUUCAGUCAUCUGCUCUGUGUGUGGGAAGGCAAUCAGUCAUUCAUCAAACUUUCAGAGGCACCAGCAAACUCACAGUGGAGAGAGGCCAUUCACCUGCUCUGUGUGUGGGAAGGGAUUCACUCAGUCAUCCUACCUGCUGACACACCAGCGCAUUCACACAAGGGAGAGUCCGUUCAUCUGUUCCUUAUGUGGAGGGGGAUUUAAUCAAUUAUCCAGGCUUCUGAAUCACCAGAGAAUUCACACUGGGGAAAGUCCAUACACCUGCUUUAUCUGUGGCAAGGGAUUUAAUCGACCAUCCAAACUACUGACGCACCAGCGAAUUCACACUGGGGAGAGGCCAUUUACCUGCUCCAUGUGCGGGAAGGGAUACACCAAUUCAUCUGACCUGUUGACACAUCAGCGAGUUCACACUGGCGAGAGGCCAUUCACAUGUUCCAUGUGUGGAAAGGGUUUCAUUCGGUCAUCCCACCUUCUGACACAUCAACUUGUUCAUACUGAUCAGAGACCUUUUAAAUGUUCUGAGUGUGAGAAGACCUUUAAAAGUAAAAAGGAUUUACUGAACCACCAACGCACUCACACUGGGGAGAAGCCAUUCACCUGCUCCGUGUGUGGGAAGGGAUUCACUCAGUCAUCCACCCUGCUGACACAUCAGCGAGUUCACAAGUGACUAUGGGGAUUGAAAUCUGUUACUGUUGCUGUUAAUCCUGUUCAGGAUUGAAUUCUUUCAUUCUGACAGCUGGAGUUUGUUUCUGCUGAAAUAUAAUUGUGCAAAGAUGGGUGGCAGCUCAGAAGACUGGAUAGAAUUUUAAAAAAGAAAAGAAUGACUGAAAAAUUAAUAAAGAGAGGAAAAGUCGAGUACGAGAGAAAGCAAGGUAGAAAUAUAAAGACUGAUAGUAAAAGUAAAUAUUGAUAUUUAAAAAUGAAAAGAGUUAACAAAGUGAGGGUUGCUCCUAUAGAAAGUGAGUCUGGGGAGUUAAUAAUGGAAAAUAAGGAGAUAGCAGAUGAAUUGAACAGAUAUUUUGCAUCAUCUUCACUAUGGAGGAUACAAGUAACAUGCCAGGAAUGGCUAUAAAUAAGGAAUUGGAAGUGAGGGAGGAGCUCAAGAAAAUUACAAUCACCAGGGAAGUGGUACUGAGCAAAUUGUUGGAGCUGCGGGCUGACAACUCCCCCUGUCCUGAUAGAUUUCAUCCUUGGGUCUUAAAAGA